CUAAAUAUUUUUGAUCCGGAUCCAGCCCCGACUAUUCAAUGGAAGUAUGUUAUCAGCUGCCGGUUUUGCCUCUAGACAGGCCGGUUCCCAAGCAUGUCCUCAGCCGGAGGGGAGCCAUUAGUUUCAGCUCCAGCUCUUCUCUCUUCGGGGCUCCUGAUCCAAGACAGCUGUCACAGAGACGAGGGGCCAUCUCCUACGACAGCUCUGACCAGACAGCACUGUAUAUUCGUAUGCUAGGAGAUGUGAGAGUGAGAAGUCAGGUUGGAUUUGAACCGGAACGAAGAAGCUCCCACCCAUACCUGUGCAUCGACUUCCGCACUCUUCACACGCGGCUGGGCUGUGGGUCCACGUCAGCCAGCUCUGCUCCAGAAAGGAGGGUCCACAGACUACUCAGCUUCCAGAGGUACCUGCACUCAUCCCGCCUGCUGCGAGGACUCCCCCAGCAGAUCCCUCUCCACAUCCUCGAUGAAGACUACACUGGACAGGCCAGAUGCAUGCUGGAAAAAGUCGGGAACUGGAAUUUUGACAUUUUCCUCUUCGAUAGGUUGACAAACGGAAACGGCCUGAUCACCCUGACCUUCCACCUGCUGAACCAGUAUGGGCUGGUGGAGCUCUUCCAGCUGGACAUGGUCAAACUCUGGAGGUUCCUGGUCAUGGUCCAGGAAGACUACCACAGCGACAACCCCUACCACAAUGCUGUCCACGCUGCAGAUGUCACACAGGCCAUGUACUGCUACCUGCAAGAACCCAUGCUUGCAAAGUAUCUGACCUCCUAUGACAUUCUGCUGGGACUGGUAGCAGCCGCCACUCAUGACCUGGACCAUCCUGGGGUCAACCAGCCUUUCCUCAUCAAGACUGACCACUAUCUAGCUACACUCUACAGGAAUACCUCAGUUCUGGAAAACCACCACUGGAAGUCAGCAGUGGGCCUGCUCAGAGAGACUGGUCUGUUCUCCCAUCUGCCUGCUGAGGACAGCCUGAACAUGGAGAGGGAGUUGGGCUCUUUAAUCCUGGCCACGGACAUCAGCAGACAGAAUGACUACUUGUCCAGGUUUCGCACGCACUUGGACCAAGAUAACCUGUGCUUGAGCAACGCCAGCCACCGACACUUCAUCCUGCAGAUGGCUCUGAAGUGUGCAGACAUCUGUAACCCUUGCAGACCCUGGGAGCUGAGCAAACAGUGGAGUGAGAAAGUGACAGAGGAGUUCUUCCAACAAGGAGACAUUGAGAAGAAGCACAAACUUGAAGUCAGCCCACUUUGUGACAGAGAGAAGAACACAGUUGGCAACAUUCAAAUAGGCUUCAUGACGUAUGUGGCGGAGCCGCUGUUUGCAGAGUGGGCUCGUUUCUCCGACACGCGUCUGUCUCAGACCAUGCUGGGCCACAUGGGGCUGAACAAGGCCAGCUGGGGCGGCCUACAGCAGGAACAAACCUCUGUCUCCGAGGAGGCGGAACCCAGCACAGCCGGCACCGACACAGAAGACGUUGCCGCCCGGAGGGAAGGCAACACAGCUACAGCCGCAGGAGGAACCAGCUCCAAAGAAAUACCUCAGGGAAACAGAGAAUCCUGACACUCCUUGUGUGCCCUUUCACCUCAACUUCCUGACCCCUGACCCCCGGCCUCAAGGCCUCAUCACACACUUGGGGCCCGGUGGGGCAUCCAACGGCCUGCAUCCCAGCCGCUGCCCCACCUGAUCCUAACACCUUGUUUAUGUUUUGUUGCUUUUGCCUCCCAUCUUGAUAAACCACUGAUUUUAUUUAAUUUAUUUAAUUUUUAAUUCCUCUUUUUUGGCAUAGAGCAAUACAUAGAUACCUCAUUUGGCUACUGCUGUAUUUUCUGUUAUUUGCUUUGUUUUAUUUAUUUGUCCACUGUAGUUUUGGCAUUACUGACUGAUCACACCACUUUUUUUGAUGGUGAACCUUAAGGGGAAAGCAGUAUGAGAACUGAAGAAGACACUUUUCUGGUAUUUUGAAGUGCCAUUUGAAAACAAAGAUUUGAAGAAUGAUCUGAACCUAAUUGACUGAGACAACUGGAGUAUUCAGACAUGAGACCCUCCUCAGACUUAAGAGUAAUGCCGUGUUGCAUUUGUGUUGAAAAUUCUUCCUCAUGUAAAAACAAAAAUCAAAAAAAAACAAAAAACAAAAAAAAAGAAAAGAAAAAAAAAUGUGACAAGCCCAGUCCUUUUGCUGCCUCUACGAAGACUGUUUACGCAUCUCCUUGUUUGUUGUUUCUUUCCCUUGAACUGAAGUGAAUCAUGUCGGCUCCACGGUUUGCCUUCGAAGCACAGAUGUGAAGAACCACUUGUUUGAACUGUCAUCCCACUGUUGAAGCCAUGAGCAGAAUCUUAUUCAAACACACCAGAUGCCAUAAGUAACCCCACCUGUGCUAAAAUAUGGUCUUGCACUCCCAAAUAAUGACGGUGUUGGGUGUGCAGCUUCGUCUCCAUGACAUCUCCAAGACAUCCUGCGAAGGUUAGCCCCUUUUCUGAUGAUGAAUCUUCCAGUGCUGGUUGAACUUGGGGUAGCUUCCCUCCCACACUGGAGAUCAGUUUCUCACUGCACAUGUAUCUCACCUGGAACUCCACUCAACGCAACUCGACUCGCUCAGGGUUUUGCCAGUCUCUUAUAAGGAGGGAGAGGGGGAGGAGGUGACUGCGGGCGAUGCAAGGUUGUAUUUUUUUUUUUUUCCUGGCUAGGAUCUACUGAAGGAGACUCUUCCUCUCCGCAGAAUGUCUCUCACAGCCACAUGCAACCUAAAGGUCUGCUCGAUUGAUGCCUUAUAACUAUGCACAAACUAUGCUAAGUGACCAAACCAACUUCUGUUCCCUUCAAGUGCAUGGUGUGCUUGUCUUUGAAUGCACUGUCCAAUCCCUUUGCCUUUUUGUUGUGAGGAACAACUCCAGCUGUCCUUUUUUUGUACGGAAACAAAAUGGUCGAGUGACUUUGAACAUUCCAUUUCUUUGUGUUUGGUUUGUCUACUUUGAUUCUGUAUAGUGGCACAAAUUGUGUUUGUGUUUCAACAUUUUGAAAGAUAACAGGUGCUUUUCUUACUUUAGCUGAUUUGUAUUUUGCUGUAAGUGCUGUAAGACUGUUGAUAAAACUGUUUACAAUUUGUUGCGACAGCCAUUUUUGGGAAGACUUCAGUGUCGAGCCAGAUUUUGUAAAAGCUUUGCUGUAUUGACCUUUUUGAUACAUGCCUGUUGCAGUUACAAUUUGAAUAAUAAAACCUGUUGUUGACAAA